UGACUGGAAAGAGGAGGAGGUGGGGAUUAGGGAUGAAGAUAUAAAAGCACAACACAGACAACGCACCUCACGAACUCAAGAAGAAGAAAGAAGCAUCUCUGAGCAGAGAUCGGCAGUGGCCUCUUGGGAUAUCUGUGACAACAGUCACCCUCAGCAGAAAUGAACGCCAGCCCCCCUGCAGGAAGCGCCCUGGCCCCUGGUGGAGCGGCUGGGCCCACCACACCCAAGAAGGGACCACCCAAGUUCAAGCAGAGGCAGACCCGCACAUUCAAGAGCAAGGCCCCCAAGCCAGGCCAGAAGGGCUUUGGUGACGAUAUCCCCGGCAUGGAGGGUCUUGGCACAGACAUCACAGUGGUGUGCCCAUGGGAAGCCUUCGGCGACAUGGAGCUCAGCGACUUGGCCAAAUACGGCAUCAUUUAAACCUGCUGCCUCCUGCCUUCCUUGCCUCUCCUCUGUUUAAUCCCCUUCACCCGGACUUCUCUCCAUCUCAGCUCGGCAUGCCAUGAUAAGACGGCCAGCGAACCCCCUAAUGCCCUCUCGUCUAUCUACCUCAUGCUUCACUCCACUAAGUGGACGGGAAGCAUAAUAAUGUUCUUAUUUUUUAUUAUGAUUAUUAUAUGAUUCUGUUUUAACUAUAUAUACCUGAAAUGAGAAGACGAGAAAAAUAUCUUCACAUACCUUAUUCCCCUUUCCCUUCAUCCAUCUACAGUAGUCUACUCCUGACUUCCCUCUCUCCCUCUGUCAGUCCUAACCCAUGGCAAUGGACGCAAGCAAAACACUAGUUAAUACUAGCUUGUAUUUGCUUCUAGCUGUCUAUUAAAAUGUAAAUAUUUUGUUCUCAGUGUUGAACCUUUUUACCUUGUCUUCCAUCCUACCUUUUGUACUCCCCCCCCUCUUUUAUUUUGCAUUGUAUUUUCUACUCCUUGUCCACAAGGUUACUGUAAACACCAAGGGAUGCAAGGAGAGUGUGCAAUAUGCUGUAACGGUGAAAACUACAAUGCACUUUCACAUGAUCAUGGAGGAUGAAUUCCCUUUUAUCCCAUCUCUCUCUCUCUCCUUGCUGCUAUCUGAACCCACGUCCCUCCUUAGAGAAAACAAAGGCAUAUAUGUUUUGGGUUGCAAGCACAAUACCACAGAAAAUGUACUAUGAACUGGUAUGUUCUGAGAGCUGCAGUAAAUGUGUUUAUUUUUAGCA